CUCUCUCUCUUUUCUCUCCCCUUCCUCUCUCUUUCUCUUUGUCGCUCGGCUGGUUGUUUUGUUUCCAAAUGCGCGCCUGUGGACGCAUCAUCCAGUAUGCACGCGCGUAAUCAACGCGCGAUCUAAAUUGCUGAUGCGCUAACCGCGAAGCGGAGUUCAUUCGGCAUUUCCGGCACGCGCUCGCCUUUAUUCGAUUCCGCACGCCGGCAGAAUCGAAAAAUCCGCGAAUGCGCAUCGAUCCGCGAACGGGCGGACUCCGGAGACCGCGGAGUCAUCGGGAGCAAAAAAAAAAAAACAAUUUUCGCGACCUUGGCCCUUCGGGUGGAUUUCAGUCGGAUCCGUGGCGGCAUAUUCUCGCGCCUGUUAUAUAUUUCCCCGGGCUCAUCGAAUAUUUAGAUCUUCUUCAAGCGACACGCCAAACUGUCACCGGGAUAACGUAUACGCGAACAUAUUGCACCGGAAAAAAAAGAGCCAUAUUAAAUCCUCGGCAGAAAGAAAAAGAGGAACAGAAAGAGGGGAGAGAGAGAGAGAGAGAGACAGAGCACAGCAACGUGCGAGAGAUGAAAGAUAAAGGAAGAAGGAGUUAAUGCCGGUGAAUGGAAAAGGAGAGAGAAAGAGAGACAGAAAUAAAGAGUGACAGAGAGUGAGAGAGCGCGGGGAAAGAGAGAGAAAAUUCCGGAGGUGAAGUACUGUUGUCGAUAGCCAACGCGGAUUUAACCAAUUAUCACCCCGCUCUCUCGGCAUGGACGUACGAACGAGGCCCUUCCGGUAUGCUCGACCCAUCUGGCAAACCAUGCGGCGUCCCUUAUUGUCCUUUGGGGAAAUGAUAAUACGAUGCACUCAUAUGUUAGCGCGCGCUCACGUCUGUGUCCCAUCCAAUCGCUCGUAUUAUACGGAUAUAUCAUUCUCGAGUAGCGCAAACGGUGCGAUCGCGCAAAACGGAGAGCGUGAUCGGAGAUUCCCCCCGAAAUUCGAAUCAGCGAUUUCCCGCAUAACAGUUUCGCUCUCUAUCUCUCUCUUUCUCUCUCUCUCUCUUUCUCUCUCUUUCUCUCUCUUUUUCUCCUUCUUUUCUCUCGCACGACAAGCUGAUUAACGCCCGUUCGUGCGUGCAAAUAGCGAUUUGAAUAUUCAUAUUUGUAUUUUAAUGCAUGAUGUUCGAACAAAGAGUCCCUUUUGUCCGGAUAUAAUGAGAGAGCAGCAAGAGGCGGCGUUUUACACGCGGUUUAAUUGCUUGAUUGCACGUUUAAUCGUUUCCUACGGCGAGUUUAAGCGUGAGAUCGACGUUAGCGCGAGUUUAGCGGUAACGGCCAGCGGCACGGCGGCAAGCCGUAGUCAUUCGUACGAGCGAUUUUUGUGUUGUGGCCUGUUUGUGUGUGCACAUGUAGGUAUCCCGGUGAGAAGAGAGGCAAAUGGAGAUAAGGGAGGAAGCAGAGGUAUUUUGACAGCCUCGGCACUUGUCCCCGGGAAUGCCACGAAUGCCUGUGCCGGUACUCCUCGGUAGCUGGGGCUGGGGAUUUUUCGCCAUAUUCCUCUUGCUCCUGGCCACCCCCAGUCCCGCUGCCAUUCGCAGAGUGGACCGAGGCCACUGCAACAAAACAGUGGACAUCUAUGAGGAUGUGUCGAGCCCGGCGGUGACCGCUGCAAAUUGGGGUAAGCCCCUCUCGUGCUGGUACCGCUUCCGUGCCUUUCGCGGGACGCCCCGAGACUGGAUUCUGCGGGUUCGCUUCAAGAAGUUUAAGGUCGGAGUGCUGGAGAACGCGACUACCUGCAGCGGCGGAUAUCUGCAGAUUAUAGACGGCAACACGAAGACCGAGGUGAGCAAUCGCAAGGACCCAGGCGUCUACUGCGGCGAGUCCGAGCAGCCGCAGACCUUCAUCUCCGAGACGAGCUUCGUGCGGGUGCUCUUCCACGCGGACAACUUUACGGACCAAACGUACUUCAGUUUCGAUUCGCGCGCUGAGCAGCAGUUCGAGGUCUAUCUGAGGUAUGGCCAGCACCCAGAGCUCUACCCGAACCGUCGCGGCGAGAUCGUGCCCGGCAGCUACUGCGAGCGCGUCUUCAAGGACUGUCGGCUGCAAACGUGCUACGUGCAAAGCCCGGCGUAUCCGGGCAUCUACCCGCGCGCGUUGCACUGCAAGUACCGGCUGAACACGCGGCUGCCGUUCAUCAAGCUCUAUAUUGAGAACGAGGAGUUCAAUAUCGACGGGCAACGAUGCGAGAAUAUCAUGACCUGCCCGAUGCGACCGAUCAGCUCCGGUUCGGAACACUGUCCGUACGACUACAUACGCGUCUACGACGGUAAGAACGAGAGCAGCCCGACAAUCGGUACCUUCUGCGGCAUGGGCAAGUUCCCGUACAGCAUAAUCGGUACCAGCGAGGAUCUGUAUGUGGAGUUCGUGUCGUCACCAGCUGGGCCGCUGCUCAACACCGGCUUCCACUUCAACGUGGGCAACUGGCCGGGUCACGUGGAGACCGCGGGCGUGAAGAAUGGCAGCUGCGAUUGGUUGCUGAACAGCGAGUCCCUCGUGAGCGGCAACGAGGGUAUCUUCUUGUCGGUGGCGCACUGGUAUCCGCCGCACACCAGCUGCACUUACCUGCUGCGCGGCCGACCCGGUGAGAUCGCCCGUCUCUACUUCCCCAGCUUUCGUGUCAACCGCAUCGAGUCGCCAAUUCAACCGUACGACGGCGACUGCGGCGAGAGCCUGACGCUCUACGACGCUGAUUGGCCGGACGACGCGCGCAUCAUCAAGACCUUCUGCGAUACCUUCAGCAAGCCGAUGGAGAAGCACGACUUCGUGUCCACGUCGAACGCAUUGUUCGUGCGCUUCGAGAGCAAGACCGGUAGUUACUCCGGCAGCUCGCUCUAUUAUUGGGCACACUACGACUUUUUCAACGCGACGCGAUUCGGCGAGCCGGUGGCCGGCACUGAGUGCGACGAGAUUUUUGCCUCGUGGAAGUCGCGAUCCGGCAGAUUACGGUCGCCUCUGAACACGUUGGUCUACAAAAGACCAGGCGAUCCACCCGCCGAUCUCUCUUGCACUUACAGCUUCGUCACGGACAAGCGACUGUACGCUCGAGUAAUCCUCGUGAUCGACUCGAUAUCCUUCAAGGACCACCCGUACGCUCAAUGCGGCCAUUGCUGGGACAGCCGGGUGGACCGAGUGAUCAUCAGAGAACCGAGUCCCGAAGGUAUCAAGGGCCACUGUCUUUGCCGAUCUAGCAAUAACGGCACCCCGGCGCCCACCACCUCAUCCCCAGCGCGGCCACCUUUGCUCAGGGUCGUGUCUCGCGGCGAGAGGUUGGACCUGAAGCUCUUGGUGGAUGGGACUCAUGCGGCCACGAGCUACUUCAAAGUGCCUGCGCCGCUGUUCGAAGCGAGAUACGAAUUCGCACAUAGUCCUCUCUGCGGACCAGCUUUGCUGCCGGCCACCACCGACGGCGAGAUCGAGUUCCCGCAUUACGAGGCCCUGGGCUACGUCACGCCGCCCAGGACGAUCAAAUGCAUCUGGGAGCUGCGGGUAAACCGUGAGCGCGAUCUCUGGUUGCACUUUGACAAGAUUAAGUUCGCGUCUCGCUCUUGCGAAGACGGCAAGCUGGAAAUCUUCUUGCCCGGCAACGCCGAGCCGUACCUCGGCAUUUGCGGUGAGAACGUCAGCUACGUGAGAGAGAUGCCGAUCAUCUCGGCGGCGCAGAUCGCGCCUACGACGGACCACCCGGCGGCGCCGGGUGCUACUGCGGUCGACGGCAGCGAGGAGUCGCCGGCGGUGAUCGUGCAGUUCACUGGUUCUAUGGCGCCGGCCAGGGCGGCUUUCAAGAUCGCAUGGACUGAGCUCUAUCAUCUGCCGAGGGACGGCUCCGGCGCACUCAACACUCAAAAACUCGAGGACUGCGCCUUCCAAUGUCCCGGCGACGCCGGCUGUAUUCCAGCGAGAUUGCUCUGCAAUGGUGUCGUUAACUGCCCUAGUCGUGGCUUGCCGAUCGGUCUGGGCGCGACUAUCCUCAACGGCACCUUCUAUGAGCCGGAUGACGAAUCAGUGGAGACCUGCGGCGGCCCCGUGAACGGCAACGGCGGCGGCUUCACCGGGCCUGCCGGCUGGGCCGGUGCUGGACUCGGCGCCGGAUUAGCUAUUCUUUUGGGUUUGGCGUGCUUCAUCGCCGUUUGCAGGCUCUGCAGAGGACGGUCGCGCUCCAGGGAUAUUCAUGUGCCCUAUUAGGAGUCGCGACCGCGUCUCUGUGAGGGUGUGUGUGUGCGAUUCUGGAGAAUGCGGAAGUUUACGGGGUUGUGAGGUCACGACUGUUCCUCGGGAAGUUGGAAUUUUCUGUUUAUGUGCAUCGUAGACUUAUGGAAAUAAACUGCGCAUUCUUGUGAGACAGCUAAAGCCAAGAAUAAAGGACAGAGAUAUACUGAUAAGAUGCUUUCUCUGUCAUACAGUACUGUAGGUAGGGAAACAAAAGAGAGAAUAGAACACAGCGAAAGGAAGAGAGGACGCAUUGACUGUAUGAUCGUUUCUUCUUCAUUCUUCUCACUAAAUAGACAAGAAUAAAACACUUCACACUGAAAAAAGAUACUUAACAAAUUUAUUUGUGGAAUGUGAAGUUUGUUCGCAGAAAUAAAAUUUAUAUCUCACAAAUAAAAGUUCAAGUAUUUUUUUCUCAAUGUUCUCUCCAUUUCCAUCUUUCACUAAUGCUGACUUCAGCCCUUUAGUGGAAAUGCGCAGUCUAUUUCUGUAAGUCUAGGAUAUGCAUGGAAAAAAAUGAUUAAUUUGAUUGAUUUAAUAUGACAAUAAACGAAACAGACACGUUUUAGUUGAAGAAAAUAGAAUUUCUAGUUGUUAGAAUUGAAUUUGAUUCAUAAUAACCAGAAAUUUUGUCUUCCUCAAUCAAAACGUGUUUGAUUCGUUCAUUGUCAUGUUAACUUAGUUUUUUCUUCAUAUAUGCAUACGGGGAAAAUGGAGUGGUUGAUUAUGCAAAUUUAUAAUUUACUGCAUAAAAUUAAAUUUCUUAAUUAGGUAGUAUAUUUCAAUUAAAUUUAUCUUUUAAUUAGUAGGUUAUUUAUUGUUGUAACCGAAUAGAUUUGCUCGUGCAGCAAAGAAAUGAUGUGUGGAAACAAUCAUUAACUCGCUCGUAAAAAAUCCCGUUUUUGUAAAUAUUACCUUAGUUAUUACGGUAAAUCAUUUCGUCUUUCGAGGUAAUUUAAAUUUGUGAAAUAAGUUUGCUAAUUUUAUUGAAAAGAUCACGUCGCACUUUCUCAGCAGACGAUGAAGAAAUGUUUUUGUUCAUUUUACACACGAUGAGGUAAUUCUACUUAGUUGGAAUUAUAUUAACACCUGUGCAUCAACAUUACUCAAGAUGGGUACAUAAAAUAAUUUUCUAUGAGGAUUGUUGCUGCAGAUAGUUCUCACUGCUGAACUAAUUAAUUAUUAGUUACUAUAAAAUCCGUUAAUGUAUCAAAUUUUUUGAUGCGACAACAAAAGAAUUAAUGAUAUCAAAAAAUUGUUAGAUUUGAGUUUUGGUAAAGAGAAUAGUCUUUACUGUACCAACAAAUCUGUCGUGUUAUAAUAUCAAAUUUUAUUAGUCACCAUCACUAAUCUUACGUAACUCUUUAAUAACAUAGAAAAUUGUCUAUUCGUUAGUGAAACAGUAUGAAUAUUUUUUUUUCUUUCGACGCAUUUCGAAAUAUAUUCGACAUCCAGUAGAAAACCUAUCUUCUGAUAACUAUUUAGGGACAAAUUCUUUUGUGCAUCGGUUCUGAAAUGCAUCCAAAAAAUAGCAGUCAAACCAUUCUACAAACAAAUAUCUAAAUAUUACGACUGUAGACUUGCAAAGCUAGCAAAGUUUCUUCUAGUUCUAACAACAAAUCCUUUUUCCCCCGUGUAGAGAAUAAAUCGAGUCAAAUAAAUCGAGUAAACGAGAAAAUCUAUCGUUUUCUCGAGAAACGACCGUGACAAUAGGAGACACAACGAAGAUCUCUAAGCGACGUCCUGAUUUCCAGGACGUCGUUCAGACGUCUUCAACGGCUGCACUGACGUCUCUGGACAGUAACUUUGGUCAAAUAAAUUAUCCUAUUCUGUCCACGCGAUAGGCAAGCCUUCAGCUUCGAAAGGAACCGCGGAAUUCCCAAGCGCGAGCUUACCGACACCGUUGGGAGCGUUGUCGCGCGAUUGAGUCUUAGACUUCCGUGUUGUUUGGGAUCGAAGAAUGAUCCUAGGAACACUCUCAUCCUCUCGAAGUUCGAAGACGAAGGUGCAGAAGAUAUUUGUCGACGUUGUCGCCGAGCGCGAGCGACGUCGCAGCUCACGAGUGAUUCUCCAAAUGUGAUGCCUUCGGGUUUAACGAACGUCGUGUUUGCUCAUCAGCCGCGAAUGGUCGGCUGCGGAUCUUUGCUCUCUGUCUUGAUAUUCACGAUAUCGCUGUUUAGCGUGACACCGACACCGCCCAUAUCCCCAUCGCGUUUCCAUCACGCCAUCAGCCCUCGCCCUGUCUGUUCUACUCGUUUCGCGGAGAGGAAGCCAAUAAUGGUCCAUACAUCUUCCCACCACCCACAGACCGACGGCGAAGAUCGAACCGAGGCCAAGUAAUUCGCCACUGCCGCACUAUCAUCGAUACUAAUCGCGUUCGCGCGUCUUCUCUACACACACUGCCAUAGCACGUAGCGCCUCAUCAUGCAUAAUUUCCAUCUCCGGACUUUCCUAUAUGUUUGUGAGAAAAAUCGUAGACUCGUUACGAUCAAAUUAUAACUCUCACACAUCGUUUCACAUCUCAACCUGGUGCACUGGGGUCAUUUUUGUCCUCGCUUAUUUGAAUUUUGCAAAAGUGCUGGCAAAAAUUUACAAAAAAUUACUAAUUAAAAUUAUUAAUAUACGUUUAGAUCUGUAUAACGGCAUUAUGUAAAGAAAUAAUUGAAAGGAAAUACUUCGUUUUAUGCAAAUAUAAAGACAAACGCGAUAAAAACAUGAGUCUACACAGAAAUUUAUAAUUUUUCUGGAGACGAAUUUAAGAAAUCGAUAUUCUAGGAUUCUCUUGUGUGUGUUGAUACUUGAACAAAUGACAUAUUGCACAUUUUAUUUCGCGAAAAAAUGUAAUUAUUUGAAUAUACGAAAAUACAUUAUUUUUUCUUAAUAAAGAAGAAAUAAAAUAAAUUAUUAUUUUCAAAUUUUCGCAAUAUUAAUAUAUUAUAUAUAAUGUAGAUUUUAUUAAAAUUAUUACAAAUACCAGUUGAAUUAUUUUUUUUGCUCGUGAUUAAUUUCACGUGAAUAUUGACAUAAACCUGGAUUGCGUAUAAUACAGUCAGAAAUAAAUGAGUUACAUGUGAGGCUUUUCUCGUAUAUUAUAUUUAAUGUAAGGAAUUGAAAUAUAAUAAAAAAAUUAUAUUAAUUUUAUACUUUGUUACUUUAAUAUGGCACAUGAAUAUGGUGUCAGAAAUGACUUCGAAUUUUGUCUUUUUUUUAUAUGACAGAUAAUUUAACUGUAAUUUUUUGAAUCUGAAUAUUAAUUCUACUC